GAUCAGGAACUACUCUACAGACAACAUUCACAGAGGAGUUCUGGUGAAAGAAUGUAGGGCUUCUAAACGUCAUUUCUGCCGGCUUACAUCUUAUCUGGAACUCCACUGAAACUCAGAGCACUGGGACAACCUUAAGCAGAGAGCAUUUUCUAGAACACCUUGAUACUGAGCUGAGAGCCGUUGCAAUAAGAUAAAUGCUGCCGGGGCUGCAUGAGUCGCUGGUGUCUCCUGGAACUGCUCUACUACUACUGCCAAAAUGCUAGCUGUUUUAGAGAAAUGUGAAGUGGUGUCUGGGUGUAACACAGACAACACCGAGAGGUAUGUGUUGCUUGUGGUUUUCAAGUUGGGAGUGGAUGCUGUAGCCUUUUAUUUAUGCUGUCAAAAGAUGUAUGCCUACUUUUUAAGCAUGUGCAGCCUGUCCAUCGUCCUGGCUGACGUGGUGUUGGCGUUUUUUUUAGCAGCCGCAUGGUUUUGUGGGGCUGAAAGGUCUCCCGCACCCCUCUGCUUCCUCUUAGCUAAUGCCUCAGCGAUAUAUGGAGCACUGCCACUGCCUGUGAUGUUCCUGGGUUUAUUGGACUACUGUUCAGAAGAUACCUACUUCUGCAAUCAGCGCACCUUCUGCAAAUACCUAAGAAGUACAAUCCUGAUUUUGCUGUUAUGGAUACAAGCUGUUAUCUACUCCCUCACUUCUGUCAGCGCUGAGCCCAUUGAAUUGGAUUACACAAAAGAAAAAAAGGCUCUAGUGUGUGAGGUAGAGGAGUCUACACUGAUCACCUUCUUCAUUUCAGCGGUUUUCACAGCAGUAAUUUGUGCAGUACUGCCCUUUUGGUCAAAUAUCCCCCAGUGGCUGAAUGAGGCUUACAGGUUAUCAAAGGUGUGGGAAGAACAAAAGAGCCAGAGGAAUGACUUGUUCAUCUCAACCACUUGCACAGAGACAAAAUUCAGUGGGGAAGAUUGUGUGGAGGAGGCCAUCUGGCCACGACCGCCUCUGUGGUUCAGCCUAACACUGGGCUUUGGUGUGUUUUGGAUGCCUUAUCUUGCUAUGUCAUUGAUCUGUCUGAUCUUAGGCUUUUUAGUACCUUCCUACAUCACCGUCAAUGUUCUGUGGUUGGAGUGCAUCAACAGUUUACUGAUGGGUGUGGUGCUCUGGGUAAAGAGCAACAUUCAAGGACCAUACAAACAUUUACCAGAAAACGUGUGCUCAUGGCAUGUUUUCUGGCAUUUGAGCAAAGGAACGGGACACCAGCAACUCCCUAUCGCUGUGAUCAACCCAUCAAAAGGGAAGAAAACCACUCUCUUCCAAGUGUAAUACGAAAUAUUAGAAGGUGCAUCAAGACUCUUUAACUAAUUCAUCCACAUGAACAUCGUAAUGGGCCCCCACAGUUAGCACUGUCACCUCACAGCAAGAGGGUUCCAGGUUCGAAUCCCGGUCUGGGCCUUUCUGUGUGGAGUUUGCAUGUUCUUCCUGUGCCUGUGUGGAUUUUCUCUGGGUACUCUGGUACAGUCCCAAAAACACACGCAUUAGGUUAAAUGGCUACUCUGCAUUACCCCUAGGUGUGAGUGUGUGUGUAUGUGGUUGUCUGUCUUUGUGUGUCAGCCUUGACUGGCAACCAGUCCAGGGUGUACCGUGCCUCUCGCCCAUAGUCAGGUAGGAUAGGCUCCAGCCCCCCCCCCCCCCCCCCCCCCGCGACCCUGAUGAAUAAGCAGUAUUGAAAAUGAAUAAAUGAAUGAAUGAAUGAACAUCAUGAUAUAUGCUUGAACAGACCUAUGACUGACACUUAAGAAGCCUGGACACAAAAAUGCAUCUCGCACUGCUCCAUCAGCACAUGCAGAAGUGCAUAUUUUCUGCGCUCAUUUGUAUUUUACACUUGAGGGAAAUGUGACAUAUAUUGCAACACAAAAAAAUACAAGAAAUUUCCAGAUUCAUGCAGUGUGUGAGAUUUUUGUGCAUCCACAUUUAAACCUUCUAAUCAACAAGGAUGAAAAAUCCUAAAAGUGCUCAGAAUUUUGGAAAGCUACAAUUUCACAGCAAACUCCAAUUGCGGAUGAAGAUAUAAAGAUACUUAUCUGUUCAGCCCUGCAAGUGCUUAUAUGAAUAUUUUGAAUAUCCAGAGGUUUACAUUUAAGGCAGAUGUGUUAUUUUGGAGCUUAUGAUAACAUUUUAUGUUUAAGUUUCAUGCUAUUUUUAAAUAUAAUUGAAAGAUAUUUGGUGAAGUUGAGGUCACACACCUUACCAUUUACCUUUUUAUCUAUUUGUUUGUUAACGUGUUGAAGUAGUAAUUGUUGUGAGAUAACAGGUUAAUGGUUUAAAAAAUUAUUUUUUUGUCUCCCACUUCCACAUUUAACCUUGUAUUUUAGUGGCCAUGUGUCCUUUGUUUUGCUGUCGGACUUUCCACACUUUCUUCUGAACUUUUGGUGAUGAAUGAAUAAUGUGAUGAAAAAUAAAAUCUGAAAUAUAAAGGUUAUGCCAAAAUCUACUACUAUUUACUUUAUUUCUGUCUGCACGAUGUAAUUUUUGAUUAUUUCAUGUGUCAUGAAAAACGAUAUUUGUUAUCUU